ACGUCGCGGCGCGGAGCGCCUCACAUCCAUCGCCCCCUCUGUGGCUGCUGCUCUUCUCCGCUAUGGCGAAUGCGCGCAGAAAAGGAUGCGGCUGCUCAGGCUUCCUGAAGAAGAACUGGCUUCUGCUCAGCACGGUCGCCGCCGUGCUGCUGGGUAUUGGAGUUGGCAUGCUGGUACGGGAAUAUGGCAAGCUGUCUAACCUGGAUAAAUUCUACUUUUCCUUCCCUGGGGAAGUGCUGAUGAGAAUGCUGAAACUCAUCAUUCUGCCAUUAAUUAUAUCAAGUAUGAUCACAGGUGUUGCUGCUUUGGAUUCCAAUGUUUCUGGGAAGAUUGGUUUGCGAGCAGUCAUGUAUUAUUUCUGCACUACAGUCAUUGCUGUAAUACUAGGGAUUGUCUUAGUUGUGACUAUUAAACCUGGAGUGCCUCAAACAGCAAAUGAGAUUGACAGAGUGGGCAGUACCCCAGAAGUCAAUACUGUUGAUGCCAUGCUUGAUCUGAUCAGGAACAUGUUCCCAGAAAACCUUGUUCAGGCCUGUUUCCAACAGUAUAAAACUAAACGUGAAAAAGUUGAAGCUACAACUAGCAUGGAUAAAAACAGCUCCACAUUUCUGGAAGAGCCUGUCACAACUGCUACGACAGCAGGGAUGUCAGAGAACAAAACCCAAGAAUACAAAAUCGUUGGCAUGUAUUCUGAUGGCAUCAACGUACUGGGGUUGAUCGUCUUUUGUCUUGUGUUUGGAAUGGUUAUUGGGAAAAUGGGAGAGAAAGGACAAGUGCUGGUGGAUUUUUUCAAUGCACUGAACGAGGCUACAAUGAGGAUAGUUCAGAUAAUUAUGUGGUAUAUGCCAGUUGGUAUCAUCUUUUUAAUUGCUGGGAAGAUAAUAGAGGUUGAGAACUGGGAAAUCUUUCGCAAACUGGGUCUCUAUAUGGCUACAGUACUAAGUGGACUUGCAAUCCAUUCCACUAUAAUCCUGCCUCUGAUCUACUUAAUAGUAGUAAGGAAAAAUCCUUUUCGGUUUGCCAUGGGUAUGGCUCAGGCACUUCUGACAGCCCUCAUGAUUUCUUCCAGUUCAGCAACUUUGCCUGUCACAUUCCGCUGUGCAGAAGAAAAGAAUUUAAUCGACAAAAGAAUUACCAGGUUCGUUCUUCCAGUUGGAGCUACCAUCAACAUGGACGGCACAGCUCUUUAUGAAGCAGUGGCUGCUGUAUUUAUUGCACAACUGAAUGACUUAGAUCUGGAUAUUGGCCAAAUUGUUACUAUUAGUGUCACAGCUACAGCAGCCAGCAUUGGGGCUGCAGGUGUGCCCCAAGCCGGACUUGUCACCAUGGUGAUUGUACUGAGUGCUGUUGGCCUUCCCGCCGAAGAUGUUACUCUGAUCAUUGCAGUUGACUGGCUUCUGGAUCGAUUCAGAACAAUGGUGAAUGUCUUGGGAGAUGCCUUUGGUACAGGAAUAGUGGAGAAGCUCUCUAAAAAGGAGCUGGAACAGAUGGAUGUCACCUCUGAAGUCAACAUAGUCAAUCCUUUUGCCUUGGAAACAAUACUUGAUAAUGAUGAAACAGAGACCAAGAAAUCGUACAUCAACGGAGGCUUUGCAGUAGAUAAGUCUGACACCAUAUCCUUCACGCAGACUUCUCAGUUCUAAAGCCUGUAGCUUUCAGGUAAAACAGGAGUACAAUGGGUAUGGCUAUAUGCAAUAUUUCUUAAAGCUUAGAGGAUAAUUGAGAAUGAAUUACAUCUCACAUGUAUUUGAUUUACUAACACAGACUCUGAUUCUCCUUACCAGUUCUGCCCCCUUCUUAUCACCUCUACCAACAAUUUGAACUCACCACUUCCAGUCCUUGCUGAUAGGUUGAAGAAAAACACAGGUUUAAAACACUUUGGGUUUUGGGUUUGGUUGGUUGAUUGUUUCUAAGGUUGUGAAAUGCUUCUUUGGUGUUUGGAAUCAGCUUGCUCAUGAAUGGGUAUCCCAGCUGGGACGGCCAAAUGCCUCUUACUCAGGAGUAGCCCAGAGUUUCAUAUCUUACCCACAUUACAAAGCACCUGUAUGAAAACCUUUUAACAUCCUUGCCUUCUAAACAGAUUGCACUGUACUUGACACCUACUGUAACUUGAUCAUGUGCCAAAAUACUCAUUUCUGCAGCUAAGGGGAUACUACUUGGGUGAUUCAGGAAGGAACAGACCAGGAAGGCCUUGUAAUAAAUAUUUUACUGUGAACAAGGUUUCUUUUUUUUUUUCCUUUCUUUUAAUUGUGAAAUAAAUUGGAAUGGAAGAAUUCCCACUGUUUAUGUAGCUAGGUUUCCCCAUGCCUUUCA